AUGACUGCUACUACCUCACCAGCAAACGGGUUGUUCGACCCUUCAAAGGCGUACAAGGAAUGGGAAGUGAAUGGCAAAUAUUUUGGCGAUGGCCGAGAGGUUGCUCUUCUCGAAUACAUGUAUAACCAUCCGUCAUUGCCUGAGUUACGUGGCAAUCCCACGAAGAUCCUUGCCGCCAUUGACACCUUCGCCCAAACCGUCACGGGGCUGAUAAACAUUGGUGAGAGCAAGGGGCAUCUUGUCACUUCAGUCAUCGCCCAGCACAAGCCAACCACAAUUCUUGAGCUGGGUGGGUACAUUGGUUACUCUGCCAUCAUGUUCAGCAGCGCCAUGAAAGCAGCCGGCGGCAAGCACUAUUACAGUGUUGAGAAGAACCCACUUUUUGCGGCUGUUGCAACUGCUCUCGUAGACUUGGCUGGUCUCAGAGAUACAGUUCGGGUCAUAGUCGGGACUGGAGCCGAAGGGAUCCAGAGAUUAGUGGACGAACAGUUGCUUCAAGACGGAGGGUCACCAUUAGGAAUGAUGUUCUUUGAUCAUCACAAGCCGAGCUACACUGCUGAUCUUAAGCUGUGUGAGCGCCUGGGUUUGGUCGGAGCUGGCACCGUUCUAGUGGCGGACAAUAUGAUCCUUCCUGGCAAUCCUCCUUAUGCUGAAUGGGUGAGGGCAACUGUGGCUGAGAAGAAGGCAAAGACAGAAGCAGCCCCAGCAACUGAUGACCCGGGUAAUCCCAAUCUGCAGUACAAGAGUCGAUUUGUGAAGAGCUUCGAACCUAGCGGCAUGGAGGAUGCAUUGGAGAUUACGGAGUGUGUGGGAAUCGAGGCUUGA